AUGUAUUCACCACGAACAUUUCUCAGUCUCCUGACGGUGGCAUCGGCCGCUUCAGGUCAACUUCACGACCUCGCUGUCAAGGCUGGGCUCGAGUUCUUCGGCACCGCUCUUGGAGAGAGCCACACCAAUGAUUCAGCAUAUAUAUCCCUUGGCACCGACAGCAGUGAAUUCGGACAAUUGACACCUGAAAACGGACAGAAAUGGGACAGCACCGAGCCUAGUCGGGGGCAGUUCAGCUACACUUCCGGUGAUAUCGUUCCUGGGAUUGCUGCGGCCAAUAGCCAGAUUCUUCGUUGCCAUACUCUAACCUGGCACAGCCAGCUACCCAACUGGGUCUCAAGCGGCGGGUUCUCAUACAGCGACCUACAAAGCAUCAUCGAAACCCACAUUGCCAACGUGGUCGGGCACUACGCCGGCGCCUGCCACCACUGGGACGUCGUCAACGAGGCGGCCGACGAUAGCGGCAACUGGCGAAGCAGCGUCUUCUACGAUACCAUGGGGACCGACUUCCUCGCCAUCUCCUUCAACGCCGCCAAAGCCGCGGACCCCUCCGCCAAACUAUAUCUGAACGACUAUAACCUCGAGUACAACGGCGCCAAGACAGACCGCGUCUUCGAAGCCGCCCAGAUCAUCCAGAACGCCGGCGCCCCCAUCGACGGCGUCGGCUUCCAGGGCCACCUCAUCGUCGGGUCCACCCCCUCCCGGUCCUCCCUCGCCACGGCGCUGCGCCGCUUCACGGCCCUCGGCCUCGAGGUCGCCUACACCGAGCUGGACAUCCGCCACUCGUCCCUCCCGCCCUCCGACAGCGCGCUCGUGACGCAGGGCAACGACUUCGCCAACGUGGUGGGCUCGUGCCUCGACGUGGACGGCUGCGUCGGCGUCACCGUCUGGGGCGUCACGGACAAGUACAGCUGGAUCCCGGAUACGUUCCCCGGCCAGGGCGCCGCGCUGCUGUAUGAUGAUAACCUGGCUAAGAAGCCGGCGUGGACGAGGCACCUGGAACAGGAUUGCCUUGCCGUUGGGGCCCUGUCCCGCGGCCUUGUCCACGCGGAAGUAGCCCUUGCGCUCGAGCUGGAGGAAAUCGCCCUCCUUGAGCUCACCGACUCCAGGGUCGCAGAUCGCCUCGACAACGGUAGCGGUGUUAGGGUUAAGGCAGGCCUCAAAGUCGUCGUCCUUGUCCAGGGUGUCCUUGGUGAUGAGAUAGUCAAAGUCCCAGAGCUCAGCCUCUACGAGCUUGCCCUCGUUCUCGGAAAGCCAGGUCAUCUUCUGCUUGGUAGUCUUGAAAUCACCCUCGAGAUGCAACUGGAGCUGGAGCUCCUUGAUCGGGGUAGUGCUCUUGUCAAGUCCCUUGACGAUGGCAUUACCCCAUGCCAUGAGAACCUUGUUGGCGAACCUCACCUGCUUGUUACCGACGGCGGGGUUCUUGGGGUGCUUAGGUCGCUCCUCGUAGUAAGGAGUCUCUGGGCCACCCUCAAUAGUUGCCAGAACGGCAUCCUUCUUAUCCACGGCAUUGAAGCGUGGUACAAUGGGGUCGAGCAUCUUCUUGUUGAGAGUCCAGAUCGUGGUCCAGUCCAUUGUGACGAUGUUACGGCUGGGGCCUUGCUUAAGCAUAAACUCGCGGAGGGCGGGAACAGUCAAACCUCGUCGGAUGAUACCACGGACAGUAGGCAUACGAGGGUCAUCCCACCCAGAAACCUUGCCGCUAUCGACAACCUUGGUCAGCUUACGCUUGGAAAGGAAGGUCUUGAUGAAGUUGAUACGGGCAAACUCCCACAGGUUCACUCGUCGGAUAUCCAGAGCGUUGAGGAACCAGUGAUACUGCUCGUUUCGGUCAGCGUACUCGGUAGUACGCAGGGCAUGGGUCACGCCCUCAAGACUGUCUACGACGGGGCAGGCGAAGUCGUAUGUGGGGUAGAUGUUCCAUGUCCACCCAGUGCGGUGGUGUGGUGCAGGCUCCUUGUCCUGGAAGUUAGGGAAUCGGUAAAUGACAGGGUCUCGCAAAGAGCCGUUGCUGGAGUCGAAAGCGAUGCGAGCUCGGAUGCAAUGUUUCCUUCCAAGCUCGGUUCCCUCCUUCAUCUCCUUAAAGAUGGCCAGGGACUCCUCCGCGGGGCGGUCUCGGCGGGCGCUAGGAAGGCGGUUCAUGCGGUCCUUCUUCUGGAUCUCGGGGUCAGUGUCGUCGGCGUAGGCGUUUCCGGCACGGAUCAUCUUCUCGGCGGUGUCGUAGAGUUCCUGGAAAUAGUCACUGGUAUGGGUGAUGCGGUCGAUCUUGAUGCCGAGAAGCUUCACAUCCUCUACAAUUGA